UUCAAUAGUUAGAGCACAAUUCGAAGCUUUGGCAAAAUUUUGGGGAGUAACAAAAAACAAAGUACCAGAGCUAUUAAACAGAGAGGCUAAAUUAAUUAUGAUAGAUGGUAAAUUGCAACCAUUAUUAAAUGAUUCAUAUUUUGGAGGAACAUAUGUAAAUGUAAAGGCGAAUGAAAUAAACAUUAAUACGGUAAACCAAUCCAAGGUUGAAGAA